UGGCUCUGAACAGCGCUCCGCCACCCGACGAACGGAUCGGCCGUAGCAGUGCCGGUUUUUACGUGACCGUCGAAGGAGUCGCUGAUUUGGGGCGAAGCACCAAGAGGCCCACCUGCUGCCAUGGAGCGAGGACCUCGGCGGCGACAAGAGCAACAACGUCCUCCCUCGCGUGGGCGGCGCAACAACCAAGAGCAGGCGGGUCCUGCGGUGCGGCGGAGCUCCUCUGCACCGGGGCGCGGCCGUGAGCCCAUUCAGGCGGCUCCUGAGCCGCGGCGCCGCCGGGCGGCGUCCACAGGGCGGCCGCCGGUGAGGCAGGCAAAUCCUCCCAGAAAGAAGGAUUGGUCCCACCCUCAAGGGAAGAAGUUUGACGAGCUGGAAGAGGAAAGCAUGAUUGAUGGUGUGGUCGUCAAUGUGGGCGACUAUGGCGUGUUUGCGGAUAUUGGAUACGAGCAAAACGUGAUUUUGGCCAUUCCUCGAAGGUUUUGGCGUCGCUUCCGCCGGGGAGAUGUCCUCGAGGACAUGCAAGUGGUGAGUGUUGACUUGAAGAUGCGUCGAGCCACAGUCACUCUCCAGGAUGUGGAGCAAACGCUGCAGGGCAGCCGCCUUCCUCUUGAGGAGCUUCAAGAGGGCAAUUACGUGAACGGCGUGGUGGAUGCCAAAAACCAGUUUGGCAUCUUCGUGAAUAUUGGAGCACACAAUUGCCAUGGUCGUCUUGCAGUGCCGCGCUUCCUGGGCAACCAGCUUCUCAGGGGUCAGGUCCUGCGAGAUUUGUGCAUCGCCACCGUGGAUGUGGAGAACAAGAGAGUACGUCUCAUUAUUGAAGAUUUAGACUCAGCCAUCGCCGAUCCGGAGAUGGUCUCUUUGCAGACGAUGACUGCAGACAUGGACGAGAGACCACCGAAGGUGGAGGAACCUAUGCAGCCCGAGAAAGCGCCCAAGGCGGUGCCCAAGUCGCGGAGCAAAGCGCCCAAGGUGGAACAACCAAAGCAGGACCUUGAAGUGGGUGAUUUGGUGGAUGGCAUCGUAGCGCAAAUCAACAAUAAGGGCGUGUGGGUGGACUUCGACGGGCCCGAGCGUGGUCUACUCGAGGUACCUCCAGAGCUCAAGGGCGAAUUCCGCCGGGGGGAUUCCGUGCAGGGCAUGCGCAUCGAGGAGCUUCCGGAUCAUGGCCCUCCGGUCUUGUCAAUGGAAGAGCCUGAACUCGAGGUGGAAGAAGUCAAAGGGAGGAGCAAGAACAAGCCUCAGGGCAAGGCCAAAGGUAAGUCGAAGCGCGGCUGAGAGAGACCUGAGAUGCUCAUCGCGCUGAGUAGUGUGUGAUCUGCUCCGCAUGCGUCGUUGAUGCCAUGAACAACAACAACCAC